CCCACAUUGAUAAGAAUAAGGAUGACUUUGCUUGAGAGCGUAAACUUAAAGGACGAUUUUAGGCUUUUUCUCUCUCUAUGAUUUUAUAUAUAGAAGCUCGUUUGUUUUCUUGAUAAAUAUUAAUAUUCCGGAAUUUGAAUUUCAGAUUUAGAUAUCAUUUUCUCAGUCUUUCUUGGUUGAUAGAUAAAAAUCAUAGUACCUGCAAAUAAACCCUAAAGCUCCAUGGAUUCGUCUUCUUCUUCAUCUCAGCAAAAUCAAUAUCCUUCUUAUCCUGCAUCCCAACAACAAUCCUACAACUACAACCCAUCUCGUUUUCAAGCCAAUGGUCGUCAAUCAUAUUACUCCAAUUAUCAAGACCCACAUCAACAACAACAACAGCAGCAGCAGCAGCAGAUAUAUCAUCAACAACAGCCGCAGUAUCAUCAUCAACAAACCCAACAACAAUAUUCAUCGUAUUGCCCUCCCAAUUAUUCAAAUUCAUAUCCACCGCAACACCCACAAGCCCAUCACCAAUGGAAUCAUCAAGAACCCCCAAUUCAUCCGCCAGGGGUUUCAAUUCAACCCGCUUCGGCAUCACACGGGCAACCGUACUUUCAGUUACCCAAUCAGCAGAAUGGUUAUCACUUGCCCCAAAGGACAGAGGGGGUUGGGCUAGGGGUGAAUCCUGUGGCAGCGUUGGCUCAGUUGAACCAGUUAGCUGGUUCUGUGGGUGCAGCGGAAAGGCUGACGGCCACGGGUGGAUUGCAAGGCCAGAGUUGGUACCCCCAGGCUCAAGGGUUCAGACCCGUGAUUGGAGGACCGGGUACCUAUACAGGUUCGGGUUUGGGAUCUGGUGCAUUCCCUGGAAAUGGGGCGGGGCCAUCUGGAUUGCAUUCUCAUGUUGGUCAAUCAUUUGAUAAGGGUGGUGGUCGAAGGAUGGGUGGUGAUAGAAGGAGGGGUGGUGGUCAGAGCAAAGGUGGUGAUAGAAGGAGGGGUGAUGGUCAGAGCAAAGGUGUUGAUAGAAGGAGGGGUGAUGGUCUGAGCAAAGGUGUUGAUAGAAGGAGGGGUGAUGGUCAGAGCAAAGGUGGUGAUAGAAGGAGGGGUGAUGGUCAGAGUAAAGGUUGUGAUAGAAGGAGGAAUAAAGUUAGCAAUUCUGCUGGAGUUGGUAGGUGUGAUCUGUGCAAUGUCGAUUGCGGUUGUUUGGGCAUACUUAAGAUGCACUUGAAUGGAAAGCGGCACAAAAGGAACUUGGAAAAAUUGGAAGCAAAUGAAAACAGAACUGUUAGCGAUGUCGAGAAUGUGCAGAAACCUUCUAGUGAUUUUGAACCAGGAACAGCCAUGAAGCCUGAUAACUUGCUUGUGGAAGAAGAGACUAAGCAGAAUAUACCAGAAAAUAUUCCUUUAACAGCCAUGAAGCCUGAUAACUUGCUUGUGGAAGAAGAGACUAAGCAGAAGUCACCACAAAAUAUUCCUUUAACAGCCAUGAAGCCUGAUAACUUGCUUGUGGAAGAAGAGACUAGGCAGAAGUCACCACAAAAUAUUCCUUUAACAACCAUGAAACCUGAUGACUUGCUUGUUGAAGAAGAGACAAAGCAGAAUCCACCACAAAAUAUUCCUUUAACAGACAUGAAGCCUGAUAACUUGCUUGCGGAAGAAGAGACUCAGCAGAAUCCACCACAAAAUUUUCCUUUAACAGACAUGAAGCCUGAUAACUUGCUUGUGGAAGAAGAGACUCAGCAGAAUCCACCACAAAAUAUUUCUUCAACAGACAUGAAGCCUGAUAACUUCCUUGUGGAAGAAGAGACUCAGCAGAAUCCACCACAAAAUAUUCCUUUAGAUACUUUAUCUUCUGAUAAUAAAUUAGUAACCCAACAGAAAACCAAUAAUGCACAACAAGCUGAUCCACCUAAAGAUGCAAAUCGAGAUACGCCGGAUAAGCCCAUGAUGAAUCAACCUGGAAAUCAGAGGUCCAGUGUGAAACGUAAGACAUUAGUUGGUGGAAGGAAGAAAAAGAAAGCUUCUAAAGCAAAGAGGCUGGCGACUGAACCUUCCAAUUCUAAUGUUGUAAUUCCUUUGAUGUGUGACCUGUGCAAUGUGCAAUGUGACACACGGGAGAUUCUGAGACAACAUCUUUCGGGUAAACAGCACAAGUCAGCGCUCAAGUGUGUUGAAGGUCACCACCCUAUAUGUGGACAAGCAGGACUUCAAGCAAUUUAUCCGCCUAAUCCCGUCACAAACUCCCCAGACCAUUCACAGGGUGCUCAACAAGUUUUGAAUGGUGCUCAAGCUUCAGAUCCCAUUGCUGGUGCUUCUCUUCUUCCUCUAAAUGAAAAUGCUGUGCCUUCUGCCACAGGUGUGGUUUCUGAUUCUUAGCAAAAAAUUCCAACCCUCAAGUAAGAAAUGUCCUGAAUAUUGACCACUAGAAUGCAUUUAUUGAAUCUCUGCAGUAGUCAGUUUGAAUUGAUAUGGAAGAAAGGUAACAGCUAUACCUGCAGUGUAGAGAAAUGACGCCCCAUCUGUGAAUAAUCUGGGUGAGUACUACAUCUGAUCAUGUAAAUGCAUGUUAGCAACAGGUGACGACGGUCCAUUUUGCAGUUGAUGUUGUUGGCUUCCUACUUUAAAGAAUCCACCUCUAAUCAGGUGGUGGAAAUUACACAUAUGGCUCGGUGUUAGGCGCGAGCUUUGGCUUGUUUUCUUCUACUCCCUUCACACACGGGGAUUGUUUAGAAAGUUACAUUGUUAAGCCAGCUGGUAAUUUUACUCGAACAAGUUCAGAAGUAAUUUUCCCCAGUCUCAAGUCUGAGAACGUAAUAGUUACUGUUACUGUUAUUGUCUGGCUCCAUGGUAGUGAAAAUGCUAAGAUAAGAAUUAAGGUGCAGUAUGAUAUUUAGAUUUCAUUUAGCUGUUAUAAACAAAAAAAUUAAAUUUAUACUUUUGUGUACCUAGAAGAAGGAAUGUAUUUGUUAACCAAUUUAACUAUUUUUUAAAAGAAAGAAUAUGAAUGUAAAAAGGCAAACACCGGUAGUUUUUGUGAA